UUUAGCGAAGUAGUUAAUCGUUUUGGCCGGCAGGAGGAGCUGCAGAAAGAACUGCCAUCCCUCAGACCGAGAGGUGGGGCUGCUGAUCUAGGGCUGCCGGAUCCGAGAAUAAGGAGGUCGCCGCCUCAGCAGCUCCUGCGGACAUGGAGGAGUUUCAUCCCCAUAACGAUGAGAUGACUUUCAAUGCUGAAGAAGCCCACGGUAUUGUAAAGGAUUGCAUAGAAGGUGUUCUGGGUAAGGCAGAUUACAAUCAUGACAAAGUUAAUCAUUGGACUGCAGCUAUAGUAGAACAGUCUCUAACACAUCUGGUAAAGCUGGGGAAGACGUAUAAGUACAUUGUAACAUGUGCAGUGAUGCAGAAGUGUGGAGCAGGGUUGCACACAGCAAGCUCCUGUUUUUGGGAUACCACAACUGAUGGUACCUGCACAGUCAGAUGGGAAAAUCGAACUAUGAACUGUGUUGUUAAUGUUUUUGCCAUAGCCAUUCUCCUGUAGCAAGCUGAACAAGCCACAAUAAGUUACGCCAAAGCCUUUAAGAACAAACUAUCAAAUUUGUUAAGCGCAUUGUUAAGAAUUAUUUAAACAUUUAAUAUUUAUGCACUAGAGAAAGUGGUAUGAAGUGAGCUUUUAAGAGGUUUCUGCACAAAGUGUAUGUGUGAUGAUAAAAUGUUAGCUAUUUAGCUGGCUGAAGCUUCCAAAAGGCAAAGUCUGGGAAUCUCCCCCCCCCCCCCACCUCACCCAUUAAGAACAACACACUAAUUUGCAACAACACACUAAUGCUACCAAUUCAGGGGCUUAAUAAAGAGCUAAUUAUUAGGAAGGAGACACUCCCCAUACAGAUAUUCCUCUGCAAGCUGGAAUUGCAGGGGAGUGUUAGUAUGUUCUAGGGCUCAUGUUCUGGGGGUGAAGCCCUGUGGGACUGAAAGAACACCUUCCAUGUGAGAUGCUGUGGGCUUUCUCAUGGAUGCAAAAUAUUUCCCCAGAGUAGUAUGUUUGAUUUCACAGCUUUAGGACUUCAAACUAGGAUAUUUGAUAGGGCUUGUUUUAUAAUAUUUUAUAGACAAAGCAUAGUGAGAGAACAGGAAAAACCAAACAUAUUUUAAAAUGUAUCUUUUCCUGUCCUUAGGACACAGAAUAUCUACAGGUCAAAGCACCUACUUUUUCAUACAGAUCAGGAAUGUUCUGCAAGUGAAUGUAGUUGUGGUCCUGGAAUCAGUAACCUGCAGUACUUAAUUUUAAAUGCUUGUUUACACUGUUAACAUUAAGGCUUAUUCUUAAGCUUGCUUAAGACAUAUUCCUCAAGUUAGAAAAAUUGUGUUAAACCAGUUUUCUGUACUUGGUAGUGAUUGACAUUGCAAUCUUAGCAUGUGGUAUAUGAAACAUAAUGUGAUAAAAAGAGGGGUACCUGCUGCUGUGUAAGCACACCACCACACAGCAUGUUAUAACUGCAUUAUAGUAAUGUUAUUGUGCCAUUAAAUAGAUUCACACAGAUAUUUAGGACUAGGAUAUAAAAUAUUAGCAAAGCUCUUAUAUCAUCAUCAUCUGACAUAUCUUAGCAGAAAUUCUGAUUAAAUGCCAGCCAUUCUGCUUGAGUUAAAUCAUAUAGCUUUGUGCCUUAGUCAAAACAAUAUAGAAAUCAGGAUUCACAUGUAAGACUUAAAAAUGUACCCUUUUUUUGGUGGGGGGGGGGGCAGAAAUCACUGUGUUUACAUCUUAAGAUGCACUUACUAAACGUAUACUAAAACCCUGUGUCAUUUUUGAAAUAUACGUGACUUCAGUACUGUGCACACAUUCUUGGUAUAAGGUCUGUUGAACUCAAGCGGGACUUCCUUCCAAGUAAUGUGAAUAAGCUAUACAUAUGACUUAUGUAUGCUUGGGGGUUUUGACAUAAGCUGUUAAAAAUAGGGUUGCAUGUCUACUUAUGGGGGAGCAGAGGUUACUGAAUGCAGUGGAACUAUAAACAGAUAUGAACAGAAUUGGGCUUUGUGUAUUUUUAUUGCCAGAUCUCCAAAUUUUAAAGAAAUGUUCAAUGCCGAUCUAAUGAAUAAUCUUAUUGCCUUGAAAAACUAUUCAAAUUGUGCAGAUUUAAGCACAUCUGCAUGUGUAUGUAGGUGAAUCUGAUGUGAUAGAAAAAUGCAUUAUUUUGUAGUUACCUUUAUUAGAGUGUGAAACCUACACUGGUACAUUAAGCAUUUGGUAUUUCAAGAGCACUAAAUGUAGAGAACUUGCUACAGGAUCCUGUUUUAGCUCGUACUGUAUGUUUAGACAUGUUUGACCACUCCAGUGGAUUUAUUUUGGAUUACUGUAACAUUUAAACACCAGAAUUUUUUCCCCAUGGAAUUGAUAUAGAUUAGGCCAAACCACAUGUCUUAUUUAAAUACAAAGAAAUAUUUGAAAUUAAUAUGGACAUCUACAGCAAGAUAAUUAAAAUUGUUCCAUGGAAAUCCUUUGCAUUUUUUUUUGUUUUAAAAACAAACUUUUUCCAAACUUUUCCUGAAACAGCAAAAGACAAUCUCUAAGGACAGAGCAUUUUUAGGAGAUGGAAACAUAGAAUAGUAUUUGCAUAGAAUUGUGGGACAUCGAUACAUGCAAUGCUCAGAAGCACUCAGAUAAAUAUCUGACCAUUUGAGGCAUAGGUGCAAUUUUGGUUUUUGUAAGUGUUUGUUACCAUAUUUUCAUUAGCCAUUGGAUUUUCAGGCUAUUUUUUGUGUACUUUGAGAUACAAUUAUGCUGAGCAAAAUAUUGCUUUCAUACUGAGGUUCAAAAUAUACUACCGUGGCAAAAUUGCACUAGAAAUUAUGCUGAUAUUAUUAAAAUAGCUACAUUUUGUUUUUCCAAAAAAUAAAAAAGAUCUGCCUUAGCUAUA